GUCUCCUCUGUCUGUGUAUCAUCUAUCUUGGCGCCAUGUCGACCUCCUUCGAACCCGUAAUCCCCAAAGGCUCUACUGUCCUUGUAACGGGUGCAAACGGUUACAUUGGUUCUCAUGUCGUAGAUCAGCUUUUGCUCGCAGGCUACAAGGUCCGCGGUACAGUUCGUGAUGCAACUAAAGCAAAAUGGGCACAGGAUCUAUUCGAGAAGAGGUAUGGGCCAGGAAAGUUUGAGAGUGUUGUCGUUCCGGACAUGACCGUCGAUGGAGCAUACGAUGAAGCUGCCAAAGGUGUCAGCGCCGUCGCCCACGUCGCCGCUAACCUCACCUUCUCUACCGACCCCAAAAUUGUAAUCCCAGAAACCGUUAACGGUGCCCUCAACGCCCUCCGCGCCGCCGUCAAAUAUCCCACCAUCAAACGCGUCGUCGUCACCUCCUCAUCCGCCGCCACCUGCUUCCCCAAACCUAACGUCCCUUUUACUAUCACAUCAGACAUGUACAACGACGAGGCCGUCAAGCUCACGCGGGAGGGCGCCAGUACGAAAGCGGGGACGAAUGACUUUAUGUAUGGAUACGCUGUAUAUGCAGCAUCGAAGACGGAGGCUGAGAAGGCGUGUUGGAAGUUCGUGGAGGAGGAGAAGCCGAGCUUUGAGUUGAGCACUGUGUUGCCGAAUACAAAUUUUGGACCGGUGUUUGAUACGACAGUGCCGGUGUCGACGGGGACGUGGGCUGGGAUGAUCCUGAGGGGGGAAGCCGGACCACUGGCGAAGAGCGUUACGCCUCAGUGGUUCGUCGAUGUCCGAGACACCGCCCGUCUCCACGUCGCUGCUCUGAUCAACCCGGCAGUCAAAUCCGAACGUAUCUUCGCCUUCGGAGAACCUUUCAACUGGACCACCAUGUUCUCAAUUAUGCGCAAAGCCUUCCCUGACCGCGCUGAUAAGAUUCCUGACGAUAUCCCGAACGAGGGGAAGGAUCUCAGUAUUGUGCAGACGAAGGCGAGAAGCGAGGAGUUGUUGAGGGCGUUUGGUCAGGAUGGUUUCAUCAGUCUGGAGGAGAGUCUCAAGGCGAAUGCGCAGGCGUAUCUUUAGUGAGGCCAUUAAGGGCCUUUCCCUCAUAAUUCUAGGGAUAAAGAAGAGGAAAGCAUGACAAAUAAUUGAAGCUGUUGUACCACAAGAACCUGCAUGAUCGAAGUGUCUGUAUCAUAAUCGUUCGGGUAGAUUCGGGGCUGGUGGUGGUUCCAGCAGACUGUUCUUUGAUAAACGUUCUCAUCUUACUAGAGCUCGGAUACAUCUCAGACUCCAUUGUUUCUCAAAGCUGAGGUGAUUAUUAUCCAUUUCCC